AUGGACCAGUUGUUAGAGAAGCGAAUCACUGAAACGUGUAGGGUGAAGGCAGAGUGCCACGUAAGAGCAGUCAAAGAGGAGGAGGAGGAGAACGCAGUCAAAGAGGAGGUGGAGAACGCAGUCAAGGAGGAGGUGGAGGAGAAUGCAGUCAAAGAGGAGGUGGAGGAGAAUGCAGUCAAAGAGGAGGUGGAGGAGAACGCAGUCAAAGAGGAGGUGGAGGAGAACGCAGUCAAAGAGGAGGUGGAGGAGAGAGCAGUCAAAGAGGAGGAGGAGGAGAACGCAGUCAAAGAGGAGGAGGAGGAGAACGCAGUCAAAGAGGAGGUGGAGAACGCAGUCAAAGAGGAGGUGGAGGAGAAUGCAGUCAAAGAGGAGGUGGAGAACGCAGUCAAAGAGGAGGAGGAGGAGAAUGCAGUCAAAGAGGAGGUGGAGAACGCAGUCAAAGAGAAGGAGGAGGAGAACGCAGUCAAAGAGGAGGAGGUGGAGAACGCAGUCAACGAGGAGGUGGAGAAUGCAGUCAAAGAGGAGGUGGAGAAUGCAGUCAAAGAGGAGGUGGAGAACUGCUCUCAGUGUGGCAAGGCUUUCAUUCAAUCAUCAGAUCUGAAGAAACACCAUAGAACUCACACCGGAGAGAAGCUUUUCCACUGCUCUCAGUGUGGGAAGAGUUUGUCAGUCAUCAAAUCUGAAGACACACCAGCUAACUCACACAGCCUUCCAUGUCUGAACCCAAGUCCCCGGGUUCUUACUGUGGUGUUCCAGCACAGAGAAGCUCACAGUGGGGCCCAGAGAUGGUCUCUGUGAAGCUGGAGGACUGUAGUCAAGCACUGGAACUCAAUGUGAUAGUCAAAGAGGAAGAGGAGGAGAGGGAAGUCAAAGAAGAGGAGAUAGGGAUU